AGCUCUCCUCCCUCCCUCCCUCCCUCCCCCUCAUCAGAGGCUCUGUAUCUACAGCAUACCGAGAGAAGUAAACGGGACGUAGGAGAGAGAAAGGCCAAAGAUCUCUCCCUCCUCCCUCUCUUUCUCUCUCUCUCUCUCUCUCUCUCUCAUCAUUAUUUUUAUUAUAAGUAGAAAGAAUUUUACUGUGAUUACUUUUUAGAGCAUGGGAGACGAGGAUCCUGCCCUCACUCGCUGGACAUUUGAGCAUAUUGUUUUGUAGGAUUUCAAGAUGUUCUAUAAUGCAAGGUUUGGAAGGAAGAAGGAACCAAAGGAAGAGAUAACAGAACCAAGGCCAGUUAGCAAUGGGGGUUAUUCUAAUGGUGUUGUUCAUGGAAAUGGAAGUACUAAGAACACACCUGAAUUAGCUGUCUUUGAGCAAUUCGAUCGUCAGGAACGCCCGGGAGUAAUUUCCAAUGGAGAUCUGGGGACACCGCGAAGGCCCCUGCUUCCUGAAUUUGAUUCUGCCGAAACACGCACUUUGGCUGAGACCUUGUGCAGAGAUAUUAUCCGUGGCAGUCCAGACGUGAAAUGGGAAAGCAUCAAAGGGUUAGAAAAUGCAAAACGCCUUCUUAAAGAAGCAGUUGUCAUGCCUAUAAAAUAUCCAAAGUACUUUACUGGCCUUCUUUCACCUUGGAAAGGUAUCUUACUAUUUGGCCCUCCCGGUACUGGAAAGACGAUGCUUGCGAAAGCUGUGGCAACUGAAUGCAAGACGACAUUUUUCAAUAUUUCUGCGUCGUCAAUUGUCAGCAAAUGGCGUGGUGAUUCCGAGAAGCUAGUAAAAGUAUUAUUUGAGCUAGCAAGACAUCAUGCACCAUCCACUAUAUUUCUUGAUGAGAUUGAUGCAAUUAUUAGUCAACGAGGUGAAGCUCGUAGUGAGCACGAAGCUAGUCGCCGUUUGAAGACUGAACUUCUUAUACAAAUGGAUGGUCUGACAAAGACAAAUGAGCUGGUCUUUGUCUUAGCAGCUACUAAUCUACCUUGGGAACUGGAUGCAGCUAUGCUCAGACGCCUUGAGAAGCGGAUCCUUGUACCUCUUCCAGAACCGGAAGCAAGGCAAGCGAUGUUUGAGGAACUUUUGCCAUCUGUCCCUGGAGAAGCAGAGAUUCCAUAUCAUUUUCUGGUGGAGCACACCGAAGGUUAUUCUGGUUCUGAUAUCCGUUUAGUAUGCAAGGAAGCAGCCAUGCAGCCGCUAAGAAGAUUAAUGACAGUUUUAGAACAACAGGAUGAAUUGGUGCCUGAUGAGGAGUUGCCAGCAGUUGGUCCUGUGACACCCCAAGAUAUUGAGGUGGCUCUGAAGAACACGAGACCAUCAGCCCAUCUUCAUGCCCACCGAUACGAGAAGUUCAAUGAUGAUUAUGGCAGUCAGAUUCUUCAUUAAAGAUCCCUUCAGUAUGCUUUUGGUUUGAUCAAAUUAUUCAUGUCCUAUAGAUCGUAAAAUGUGUAUUUCUGGGGAUCAUGGAUUCUUCAUCUCAAAGAUGCGUGGUAGAGGAUGACAUAAAUGGCCUCUGCAUUGAGUACCCUUGAUGUAUUGGGUAUGAAUGCUUUUAGAUCCAUGACAUUUCCUAAACAAAAACUUCCUGCUUUGUAGAUUGUGGCAUAAUUGUCUGACGUCUCAUCACUAAACUUGCACAGAUUCAUGAAUUUAAACUUGCACAGAUUCAUCAACUAUUUAUUGCUGAAGACGGGUGAUUGUUGUUGUGGUUUCAACUCAAUGUAUUAAUAAAACUGGCUGUUAGUUUAUUUUUAAUGUUAUGCAUUACUACUA